UAUCAAGGUGCUAUUUUCAAUAUUGCAAAAGUUAUGACCAAGGUUUAAGUUUGUGACACAUACAAUGACAGACAGACAUACAAUGACAGACUGACAGGCCAAAUACAAUAUACCCCCGAUCAUUGGAUCCGUGGCAAUCUGGUAAAAAUGCUUUCAAUAUUUAACCUUUAUAAGUGAAAAUCUGAAAAUUAGUGUUGUUAAAAAUACAUAACGCUUUUGUGAUAAAUCAUGUUUUGACCAAUUUAACGGCGAUUUCGAGUACGCCGACAUGCAUUGAAAUAGUUACGAACAAAAAUGCUGUGUUUUUUUUCAAAUUACAAACAAAACGUUUCAAGGCUUAAUAAUAAAUUUUGAACUGUCCGUCUUAUCAAAUCAUUGAUCUAAGCAGACAACGACACUCCUUUCAAUCUGACUGAUUCUGAUGACGAAGACACUGAUGAUGAAGUAGAUGCAGGCGGAAGUGCUGGUGGUGCAGCAGGUGGAGGCGAUUCUAACGCUAUGCCCGAGCUUCCCGUCGACGUUGCACCAGUAAACUGCCCGAGAGAUUGCCUUGUCAUGUACUCAGUUCAACCGUAUAAGUACGCUCUACGUCAUGCAUCCAGUGGCUCGUGGAUGCUUCACUUCAUGUUCCACAACCGUAAGGAACUAAAGAAGCAGAAUGGAAACGUUCUAACUUAUUUGACUUCUGUUGCGAGGGCCAUGGCAAACCAUACAUACAACUUCUCAAUCGAGAAUGUUAAAAAAGAGGUGAAGAUAUGUGGAACAAUAUACCAUCGACCGACAACAGAUGUGAUUAUGAAAGCUCAAAGCCACCCGACGAGACAGAUGUUUGCUUUCAAGGCAGCGUUAAAGAGAUACAUGGAUGCAAUCAAUCGCAAGAUGAAUUUGGCACGCUUUUAACAUAGUUAACAUUAAGGACUUGUCGAAGUAAUAACUUAGAAUUUAAUAGUGCGUUGGUUUAAAUAAAUGCAUGUUUUACGUAUAAGUAGACGAUAUUUAUUUUUGAUAAUAGAGGUUUAAACAAAGAUACAUAUGUAAUGUUAUUUAUCUAGAUCAGGUAGGGAAAAUAGUAAAAUUGUGUAAAUAUUAUUAUUUAAUCAAACAUUAACAUAUUCAAUUUAACACAUAAAAUAUACAUAUACUUCAACAAUAACUAAGAUAUAUAUAAAAAUGUAUAUACUAUUAACGUCAGUAUUUUAUUGUUUUAUUGAGUUGCAUAAGAUUUCUAUAAGCAUACGGUUUUUAAACCCAAGA